GGACGAGAAGUGAGUGGGAUUGGUUACAGGUAAACAUGAAGCCGAGGUUGAUGUUCUGUGGUGGUCGUCACCGAGGAAAUGCGAGGGAUAUUAUGUUUUCGAUUGGCUCGCUCCUCCAAGAACGACGUUUUCCGGAUAACCGACUGAAUGAGCUGCUCGCCAUCGUGUACAGUAAGACUGGUUCAUCCGGAGAACAUUAAUUGCGACAAGCGAUCUUGAGAUGAGCUUCGGGCAGGUGCCAGCAGCGGCUGACUGAGAUGCUAUGUCAGCAAAGAGCAGGGUUGCCGGUUGUGCCGCGGUGAAUAAUAGCUCACAGCUGCACACGGCAAGCAGUCCUAUUGGCUGCCCCAUGGGCGGAUACAAAAUAUUGGAUACCCGCUUGGAGGCGCGCACGCCACGAAGCGGGUGGAGUCUGGCGGUGAACGCGGUCUGGCUGUGUAAGAAGCAUUUAGUCAGGCGGUUGUGCAGUGUUCGAUAGUGCGAGAAAUGAAAGCAGCUUCGAGUGAGACACCCUUGUCUAUGGUAUUGGUAUUGGAUGGCUGUUCUGCGAAGAAGUGCUGGAAAAGCGAGUAAAGGACGUAAGGGAGGCGGAGCGAUGCCGGACUAGGAGCAGAUACCGCUAAUCCAAAGGAAUGGGAUCGAUGGCCUGUGUGCAUCGUGUUCGGCAUUGGGCGAG